AAUGAUCAUUAUUAUCAAACAGACUCGCAAAGUGAAUUUAAAAAAAACAAUUCACAAAAAAUUUAAUAAAUUUAAUAACAAAAAUUCAUGAGCUUAAUACCUAAGUAAUUUUUAAUUUUAUGGUUUUGGACGAUGGUGAUCUUUGUGAAUUAACGUUUUUGCAUGACAAGGUAAAUUUACCAAUUUUAUAAAUAUUUAAAAAAUGUUUCCAGACAAUAUAAAUUAACACUAUGAGCACAAAGUCGCGUAAACCUUGGCGGAAGAACUUGUAUGAAAACUCCGACUACGAAGACAAUUAUACCGACCCAAGUUUCCUGCAGGAGCUAAAGACUAACUUGAAUCUACAAACUUACACCUUCUCCGAAGCAUUCCUUGGAGCAUCGCGCCUCAGCCAGCAGAUUUCUAUCGUGACCACAUUCCUCAUUAUAUUUCACUAUCUUUACACGGACGCCGUCAGUCCACAGAAUAUACUGUUGAAAGCCCUCGGAGGAACCAUAGUCGGAUACUUGAUUUACGCCGGACGAAAUCUUAGAUUGAGCCAUGCCGUUGAGGAUUCCAAGACGGCUAUCGCCGUGUUGGUGUUCGGAUAUAUAUUCUCACCGCUGCUGCACACCCUCUCAGACAGCAUCAGUACCGACACCAUCUUCUCGAUGACAUUUUUCGUGCUGGUGCUGCACCUGAUCUUUUUCGACUACGGAGUAUCGGCGGCCAUCGUGUCCAAGGCCAUCUCGCUGAAUGCGGCCAUCUUCGGUGCGAUCUGUUUGGCCUCCCGGCUAUCGUCCUCGUUCCACGCCUUCGUGCUACUGGAAGUCGCAGCGGCGUACUUUGCGCUGGGACCGAUACUGAUGGCGAAGGUGUUUAGCCUGCCGCUACUGGUUGGAACGGUUGCCGUUUGUCUGUACUUUCUGCUGCCCAUCUCGAUGACAAUUUUCUGGACGUACAGCUGCAUACUACUGUUCGUGAACUUAUUCUGUCCAUGGCUGUUUGUGCGCUUGCAGCGCCACAAGAACAAUAUCCACGGCCCAUGGGAUGAGGCCAUCGUGGGCGAUUUUAAGGAAGAUAGCAGUGUUAGCAGCAUCUAAAGGGAUGUUGCUUGUUGGUUUAUAAGGAAACUAAUCCAAAGCAGUGAUUGGCGUACUACCCACCCAUUUAGUUCUAGUCGUUAUUUUACUUUUCAAUAAAAAAUGCGAAUGCAUAUCUUAAUUAAUUAUUGAAAUAAAUGAAUAGGUAUUGUAGAGAUUGUAUGAUGUAGAGCAAAAAAUAUAUGCAGCUUAU